AAGAUAAAGUAAAAAUAAAUAAACAAAAUGCUUGUAAAUACAACAACAACAACGACAUCUUCAUCGGCACCCACGCCGGGCUCAUCGUCAUCGACCAGCAAUACAUUGGAACCAUCACCGCAAACAUUGCCAAGCGCAAAUAAUUCCCGCCCACCAUCACGCGCCCCCUCCAUUCUUGAUAGUCCAACUCUGGCACGUGUGGAACGUGCACGCCUGAGAUUGGAGGCAUCAAGCCAUCAGCAACUGCAUCACCAAUACAACAGUUGCGGUAUCGGUGGUGGCGGUAGCGGUAGCGGUGGCGGUGGUGGCAGCAAUGGAAAUAGCAUUGCAACAACCAUGAAUCGUGAAGACAGUCUGGAACGCAGCAUAUUGGAUCCAAAGCAAUCACUGUUAGCUGGACGCAUUCCGGUUGCCUCAAUGACUGGUCCAAUUAAACGCGGCCUUCUAUGGCAACAACGAGACCGUCUGUUUUCACGUUGGAAAGAAAGGUAUAUAAUGCUAACGAGGAAAUAUCUUCACAUAUUUAAGAAGAUUACAUCAAUCAAAAAACUUUACUUAUAUUUUUUGCAUUUUUUUUUAUUUCAGGUUAAAUUGGUUGACGUUGAAAAGGUGGAGUGGCUAAAUCGCCGUUCCUAUAGCGCCAUUGGUUUGUUAUUGGGCCGUGAAGGAAGAGUUUUAUUACGUUGCGACGAUGGCCUCGAAGAUUGGUAUGAACUUUUAGAGGAAUGUACUUUAACUUCUAAAGAGCGUCGACGUGCCUUAAAAAUUGCACAAGGGCCUCGUUCUCGUGCUUCAUUGGCCGCGCCAGUUUCACAUGCUUCAUUGCAAAAUCAUCACUUCGGCCUGGGCGGGACAUAUUCGAGUGCUUUUGAUGAUUGGUUAAUGACGAGUGGUAGUGGCGCAGGUCGAUUAAAGCUAGGCACUGGCAGUGUAAGCGGUUUCGCUGGCAAUAAUCCAUUUCUGUUCUCUGAUUCAGUGCCAGAUUUAAGUGCUUUAAAUAACAAGAAUCAGAAUCAUAUAAGUGGCAUGUCCACGAAUCAUUCAACACCACAGAAAAUACCCUACUCUUCAGCAAAUAACGCAAAUUUAAGUCGCUAUUCUAAUGGUUACUCACCACAGAACAGUUCUUUCUCCAAUUGCACCGGCUUAUAUGGUUCACCACGACGCAUAUUUAUUAACAGCAGUUUCGGUUCCAAUCAUGUUGUUGAUGAGGAAGCUGAAGAUGGGGAAGUACUGUUAAGACGUCCACGAAUUUCUCGCAACAACAAUACCGAAAAUGGAAAUGAACUGGAUCGUGACUGGUUGUAUCGGAAACCCAGAGCACCUACUGACAUGCGUCACUCUGUGCAACCAAUGCUAUCAACAUCUACUAAUGGAAAUGGUAUCAACAAUGCUAACCAUAGUCAUCAAGCCGAUUUGGACUAUUCGGCACAUGACAGCGGACUUGAUACAUCUUCAUCCACACAUCGUCCGUCCAGCUAUAGACGACAGGGAUUUUAGAGGUAAUGAUUGAGUUAUAAUCUUGUAAAAGCAGUGAU